UCAAGCUAGAGUGGGCGGGCUGUGCCACGAGCUUUCAGAGCGUGGCAAUGGCAAACUACAGUCCAUAUCCAGGGGCGUACCCUGGUCGGCGCACUCAAGCGGGCAAGGCCCCGCAAGGCUGGUCGGCUGCUUUGCAGACCAGGAAGUAUGAGGACGAUGUGCUGACCCCGGUGGAGAUGAAGCGUGAGGCCAUCGCAGACAGAGCCAGCCCAGAGAGCAGCGGUGGCGGAGGAGGAGGAGGUGGAGGAGGAGGCGCGCGACUGCCUUUCAUGAUCCAGAACCUGUAUCUUUCACCAAUGAAGACGGGCGCCGGAGAAGCGUAUACGAUGACAAGGCUUCAGCCCAAGGACGCUGAGAAGCCAACCUGGGCCAAAUGAUGGAGGUUGCGCCCGAGUCUUCCACAGACCUGCCUGCUGUCACCUGUGCGGUUCUAUGUUCUCAAUGGAUGAGCCGGGCAAGUGCGGGCA